CGCGGGGACACUCGGUGCUCCCGGUUUGGGACACACGGGGACACUCGGUGGUUCCGGUUUGGCCGGGCCCGGCCGGGCCCGCUGCCCUCAGCGGGGUCUGGCGGUGUCGCAGCCUUUGCCCGCCCCGGUCCCCCCGGUGUCCCCCCGGUGUCCCCGCGGUGUCCCCCCGGUGUUCCCCCGGUGUUCCCCCGGUGUCCCGGGCCCGUCGCCCCCCGGCCGCCCUCACCGGAGGCGGGGCCGGGCCCCCCGCGGCCGCAGGAACGGGAAGUGAGCGGCGGGAGGGGCGCUGAAGGAGCCGUCGGGGACCCCCCUGGAGCCCGGGACCCCCCGGAAUCGGGUGGGAAAAGGUGGAAAAGAGCGAAGAGGCGGCAUGGGGGACGCGGCGUGUCCCCAGCAGGACGGGGACCCGGCGCUCCCGGAGGCGGGGGACGGUGGAGCCGGGACCCCCCGGAAUUCCUCGGUUGCUCCCGGGGACUCCCAGAGCCCCGGCGAGGCCCUGGACGGUUUCCCCCUGAAGCAUUCCAACACCCUGACCAACAGGCAGCGAGGCAACGAGGUGUCAGCGCUGCCGGCCACGCUGGACACGCUGUCCAUCCACCAGCUGGCUGCCCAGGGGGAGCUCAUCCAGCUGAAGGAGCACCUGAGGAAAGGUGAGAAUUUGGUGAACAAACCCGACGAGAGGGGCUUCACCCCCCUGAUCUGGGCCGCGGCCUUCGGGGAGAUCGAGACCGUGCGGCACCUCCUGGAGUGGGGCGCGGACCCCCACGCGCUGGCCAAGGAGCGGGAGAGCGCGCUGGCCCUGGCCAGCAUGGGCGGCUACACCGACAUCGUCACCCUGCUGCUGGACAGGGACGUGGACAUCAACACCUACGACUGGAACGGGGGCACCCCCCUGCUCUACGCCGUGCGCGGGAACCACGUCAAGUGCGUCGAGGCUCUCCUGGCUUGCGGCGCUGACCUGACCGAGGAGGCGGAUUCGGGGUACACCCCCAUGGACCUGGCCGUGGCCCUGGGACACAAGAAAGCAGGUGAUCGAGAACCACAUCCUGAAGCUGUUCCGGAACAAGAAGAAGAAGAAAUGAGGCGGCAGCUCCAGACACAGAGAAAUCCAGGAAUUUCUGCUUUAAUGGAUCCCGGCCUCCCCACGGCCGCCGCGCACAAAAUCCAGGGACGCUCCUUCCAGCCCUGGCUGGGCUCAGCUGCCCCGUGUUUGCCGUCAGAAGUAAAAUCUAAUUGCAAUUAAA